CACACACCGGCUUUGUGCGAUUCCUCUAACCAGCAAAAAUGAUUUACUGUUUAGGAAACUUGUGAUUAAAUUAACUUAUCGGCCGCAUUUUAGACUCAUCUUAUUAUGUUUUGAUGUAGCAUUAGGUUAGCGCGGUUGUUUAAAUAUUUGUUUGAUCCACGUGCUCACGACGGUGGGCUACAGUGGUCGACGACUCUUCGCAAUAAAGCGAGACAGAUCAGUUUGUGCUGUAACUAAUCAAAGCGGUUUUCCAAAUCUAGUCUUAGUGGUUUGUCUGAGAUCUACAUCAGUUCUGGAUCAAAAUGAAGUGUCACUAUGAGGUACUGGGCGUUAAACGAGACGCGACUGAUGAUGAUCUGAAAAAGGCCUAUCGGAAAUUAGCAUUGAAAUGGCAUCCAGACAAGAACCUUGAAAACGCAGAAGCUGCUGCAGAGCAGUUCAAGCUGAUCCAGGCUGCAUAUGAUGUUCUGAGUGAUCCUCAGGAGAGAGCCUGGUAUGAUAAUCAUCGGGAGGCACUGCUGAAAGGUGGAGUCAAUGGAGAGUACCAGGAUGACAGUAUUGAUCUGCUGCAGUUCUUCACUGUCACCUGUUAUUCAGGUUACGGAGAUGACGAGCAGGGCUUUUACACAGUAUACAGGAACUUGUUUGAAAAUAUAACAAAGGAGGAGAUGGAGCACUGUAAGGAUGAGGAAGACGAGGACGAAGAAUUUCCCUCAUUUGGAGACUCUCAAAGUGACUAUGACACCGUGGUGCACUUGUUCUACGGCUACUGGCAAAGCUUUUGCACGCGCAAAAACUUUGCAUGGAAAGAGGAAUAUGAUACACGGCAGGCCUCUAACCGCUGGGAGAAACGAGCUAUAGAGAAAGAGAACAGGAAAACCAGGGAUAAGGCCCGGAAAGAGCACAGUGAACUGGUGCGCCAACUAGUGGCCUUCGUCAGAAAGCGCGACAAGCGUGUUCAGGCCCACAAGAAGCUGGUAGAAGAGCAGAACGCAGAGAAAGCCAAGAAGGCGGAAGAACUGAGGAGGAAACAAAAGCUCCAUCAGGCCAAGCUGGCUGAAGACUAUAAGGAGCAGAGCUGGGCCGCCAUGUCCGAGCUGGAGAAAGAACUGCAGCAGAUGGAAGCUCAGUACGGUCAAGAGUUCGGCGACGCAUCGGACUGUGAAGAGGAGGUGGAAGAUGGGCAGGAGAGAGAUGACAUGGAUGAGAGCGAUGCGGUUCAGGUGGAUGCUGCUGUGGAGAUGGACAAUUUUUAUGAUGACUUGUAUUGCCCUGCCUGUGACAAAUCUUUCAAAUCAGAUAAAGCCAUGAAAAACCAUGAGAAAUCCAAGAAACACAGAGAGAUGGUGGCAUUGCUACGGCAACAACUGGAGGAGGAAGACAAGUCACUGAGUCAGAACUCUGCUGACAGAGAUGAAGAGGAUGAUGAUGAAGAUGAUGAUGAAAUUGAUGACACACCGAGACAAAAAUUGUCUAAAAGGCAAAAGAAGAAAAAACGUCAACAGAAAACAGCAAACAAUCUCCCAGAAGAGACAGAGGUUGACAGUCCAAUCCCACAGUCCACAGAGGAGUGCGUCCCACCUCCAUCUGAAUCGGGCAACAGCGAGGAUGCCCCUGUUCCCUCUGAGGACCCAGAUCAGAAUCUAGAACAAGAGGAAUGUGAACCCACAAACCAAAAAAGCUCUGCAAAGAUAAAAGGGAAGAAAGGAGUGAAAGACUCUAAAAAGAACAACAAACCUCAGGGAAGUGUGGAAGUUUCACAAGAGAAGGAAGUCAACCUCCGCUGUGUUACUUGUCAGUACGAAUUCACCACCAGGAACAAACUUUUCGAUCACUUGAAGACCACUGGCCACGCCACCGCACUCUCGUCCAGUAACGCUACCCAAACAUGCAGGAAAAAAAAAGAAACAAGGAAGAAUAGAUAACCUGGAGUGUAAAUAUACUUAUGGAAAAGACUAAAGUCCCUCCAGAUAUGGAACUCUCUACAGUAUGGAUAUAUCCAUACAUUGACAGCUUGUUUUAAUAACACACAGUUGACACGUUUAUUUGUGUUUGUUUCUCUUUUCAUGCUUGAAUGAAUCUGUGCCCUGUGGGCUUACAGGUCUUUCAUAACACAUUGAAUGCAAGAAUUUAUCUGGAAUUGACAAAUAUAUUCAUACCAUAAUUGAUGGUAAACUCAGAACUGUUCUCUGUGAUUGAAUGAGACUUGGACAUUAUUGAGUAGACAACCCCAAAAUCAAACGCUCAUGUCGUUCCAAACCAUUACUAACUUAAUUCUGUGAAACACAAGAGGAGACAUUUUAAAGAACGUUAUCACUGCUAUUUUUAUCUGUACAAUAUAAAUGAAUGGAGACUAAGGCUGUCAUAUGGGUUUGGAACAACAUGAGGGUAAGUAAAUUAUUACAGAAUUUUAAUUUUUGGGUGAACCAUACCUUUUAGUGUCCUUGUUUUUUGGAGGUUAAACAUAAUAGUCUUGCUGCUAAAGAUGACACAUUUUAUGGCAUGUUUAGUUAAGUGAUACAGGAACUGCUCUUAAAUUGUUUUCAAAAUAUUCAGCAAAAACCUUUUAUAAUUGUUACAUUUGUUCAAUGUAGUGCCAUGAUCACUUUUUCAGAUUUCCUCAAAAAGACAAUAUGUAAGGAAUAAAAUUCCCCUAGACAUCUUUUCUUUUUUUUUGUUUAUAGUAAAUGUUUGGAAAUAUGGGACUGUUGACGACUAGAAAUGUGCUAUGCACCAAGUUAUCAUAACACAGUUAUUAUUAGGAACUGGUUUUAUCAGAUAAAUGAUCUUGAAAAGGGGCAAACGCUAAACAUUCAAAUAUUUGUUUUUAAUUCUUCAAAGUGUGUGAGGUCAGCUGGAAUAUGUAAAGGUUUAGUCUUAUGCAAAACAAUACCAAGGGCUUUCUGGGAAAAGAUAACCACGAGAAGAGAAAACAAUAUUGAAUUAUUAUUUAAUAAACAAUUGCUCUUUUUGCAGGCCUUAAAUAUCUAUUAACCUUUGAAGUGACAAUGGGUUCAUUAUUUCACAAAACUGUCCUUGCCCUAAUCAUUUAAGUUAUGGAUGUUAUUUGAAUUUGUGCAUGUGUGAAUUUAAUCCUUGCAAAAUAGGGUAACAUGUAUUGGGCUGCCACAAAGAGUGUUGAUUUAGAGGUGACCCUACUGUAGGCAUUGAUUUAAAAAUCAAGUAUUAAGAUAUUGCAGAAACGUCCUGAGUAUAUAAAAGUAAAUGCAACUCAAAAGAAAUAUGUAUUUUUUGUGCUUACCUUUAGUGCUUUUUUAGCACUGUGGAGAACCAUCACAGCAUAUUAAGUUUCUUUUCUAUGUGGGUGAAUCUGACCAAAAUACAAUUCUUGGGAGAUACUCAUACAUUACACAUUGUGUGUAAAAUCAUUUUUUUUUUAUUCAAGUAGUUUAUGUAUCCAGUGCUUUAUACACAUCUUAAUGUCAACAUUAGUUUUAUCUAAAUACUGAAUUUUUCUUACAUAAGAAAAUCUAUCAAGUUCAGUUUUAAUGGCUUAAAAAUAAAUUAUAAACACCAGUACAGCAACGCAAAUGUUAUGGCGCACUGAUUUUGAAUUUGAUGGGUUUUAAUUAUUGCAAUGUCUUUUAAAGGAGUAGCUGGGUUCUGUUUUCACAGCAGUCAUUUAUUAAUACCACUUUUUUAUAUGAACUAAUUGUAAUAUAUUAAGACUUUCACAGUUUUAUAUUAAAGAAGUUAGUCUACAUUAAAACUGGUUCCUGAGCCUUAAAGGAAUAGUUCACCCAAAAAUUAAAAUUCUCUUAUCUCCCUCACCCUCAUGCCAUCCCAUACGUGUAUGAUUUAUUUUAAAUUUUUUGCUCAACACAAAGAUUUUUAGAAGAGUAUCUCAGCUCUGUAGGUCCAUACAAUGCAAGUCAACAGGGUCCAAAACUUUGAAAAUCAAAAACGCAGCAUAAAAGUAAUCAAUAUGACUUCAGUGGUUAAAUCCAUGUCUUCAGAAGUGAUAUGAUAGGUGUGGAUGAGAAACAUAAUAUUUUAGUCUUUUUUUUUUUUUUUACCAUAAAUUCUCCUCCCUUUACACUAGGUGGCGAAAUGCACGAAGAAGGCAAAUCGUCAAAAACAAAAGAACUACUACCCUUAAGCCCUGUUCACACUGUCAGCGUUUUUGUUGCUGCAUAAGAUAGGAGACCAUUACAUUUCAAUGAGAGCUGGCGAAUUCCAGCAACACAAGCGAAAGUGACCCUUGGCGACAGGAUGUGGGCAUGUCAAGAGACACGACAAAGUUGAGAAGUUUAACUUUAUACAAAUGCAGAACGAUAUAAUAAAAUGAGGAAAACCAUGUCAGAAAUUGACGAUAUUUGGAAUGAAUUUCGUUGAAACACAAAGAUCGUUCACUGAUAUAAUUGAGCAUUGCAGCAAUUAAUAAUACUUCCCCUAUAGAAUGCACAUUUUUAGUGGGAUGAUGUACAAGAGACUGUCAGCAUUGAGAGUGUUUAAUUCAUACAAUAAUUGAUUGUUUGUCGUGUUCAUGAUAUGAUGAGUUAAGCACUGCUGCAGGUUAUAUAAAAAACAUCCCCUGCAGAAUGUUUAUUAUUAGAGGCAAAACAAAUGAUUCCAAGACAAAAAGGAAUGAUAUGAUCGUUUUAUCAGCAAUAUAUCAAAUCUGUGUUCAUAUUUUCUAAAGCGCUGGCCGGUUGUGCAGCCGACCAAUAAUGUUAGAGCGAAAGCAGUAGGAAUGCCCACUAGCGACAUCUAACAACAAAAUCGCCGAGAAAGUGAACGGGGCUUUAGGAGAGAAGAGUGAUUAGAAGGGCUGAUUGAAAGUGGAGAUUUAUAGUAAAAAAAGGACUUAAAUAUUGACUUGUUUCUCACCCACACUUAUCAUAUCCCUUCUGAAGACAUAGAUUUAACCACUGAAGUCAUAUGG